GAGCCACAGAGGGCAGGCACGAGGCACCGCCGCUGCGGGCAGAUCUCGCAGGUUAACUGAGAGCAGCAGGAUGUUCCUCCUCUUGCUCAUCCUCUCUCUGCUGGUGGRGACCGUAGUGCCAGGCCCAGUGAGCCGAGCAGAGACUGCAGCAUCCAGGGACGUCACCACUGUUUUCCAGCUGGCUCAGGAAGACUCCUGGCAGGACGUUAACCUCACUGGCAUGUCCUGCGAGGAUCGGAAGAACAGCAGCUGGAUCACACUGCAGCUGACAAGCAGCAGCCUGGCAGCCUUCCCCGCCUGCCUACCAGAGCUCCUGGAGACCUUGGAUUUCAGCMACAAUCUCUUAGCAGAACUGAACGGCACGGAGAUCGCAAGCCUGCCACAGCUGCGCACCCUCUUGCUGAAGCAGAACCAUCUCCAAGCAGUGAGAUGGGGGUCUGAAGCCCUCAGCAGUCUCCAUUCCCUGGACUUAAGCUUUAAUAAGCUGUCAGCUGUGCCGUCCUGCCACAGCUCCUCCCUGCCUAACCUGAGAUGGUUGUCCCUGGCUGGAAAUCCACUGAUGGAAAUUCAACCACUGGCUUUUUCCUGUUUCCCUCGGCUGCAAUUCCUGAACCUCUCUGCAACUCUUCUUGGGCAGGAUGACAGCAAAGGAAUUARGGAGUCUGCUUUUGCCAUCAGCACCUCUCCCCAAGAGGCCGGGACCAGGCCUGAAAACAUCAUCAAUGUGCUUGAUCUGAGCGGGACCUUUCUUGAGAAAAUUGAACCAGAAUGGGCCAGAGACUUGCUCAACCUCAGAUCACUUCACCUGACAAAGAUGUCACGAUUAAGGAGCCUCGAUACUGAUUUUAUCAAGUCCAUGAGUCAUCUCAGAGAGCUGAACUGUCAGGACUCCCACUCACUGGGGUUCGUGAAGACAGAGAUAUUCGAAAACACUCCUCAUCUAAAGCAUCUCUCAUUCCAGAACUGCAACCUGACUUCCUUCAGUUCUUGGAAUAUCAAUUCAUCAGACAGCAUCAUCAUCAACCUACAUGGAAAUCCGCUGUCAUGCGACUGUGGGCUCUCCUGGCUGCUCUCCAAGCGCGAGGAAGUUGUGCUGCAAAAGGCAUCGGACACUUUCUGCAACACAUCCCAAGAAGACUGGGGCAGACCCUCAACAUCUUUUUCCUUGUUGGAGCUCCAUGAUAAAUGUCAAUCUGAAAGAAACAUCACACUGUCAGAUGCAAAUACACUCCCUCCCGAAGACAUUGCCUUCAGUGCUACCAGUUACAAUGCCACUGCUGUAGCAUCAGCAACAGACUCUGCUCCCRCUGCUGUGGCAGCAUCAACAACAGACUCUGCUCCCACUGCCAUGGCAGCAUCUACAACAGACUCUGCUCCCGCUGCUGUGGUGGCAUCAACAACNGACUCUGUUCCCGCUGCUGUGGUAGUUUCAACAACAGACUCUGCUCCCGCUGCUGUAGCAGCAUCUACAACAGACUCUGCUUCACCACCCAAAAGCACUUCCAGCAGCUCCCUAAUUCCGAGGAAUGCAAGGGGCCCAACUGCGGCCAGGCCAGCUGAGCAGAUCCUCACAGAGGUCAGCAGCUCCCCCAGUCAGGAGGAGGCAGCUCCUGACCCCACGAGCGGCCUCCCCUCCCUGGUAUCAGUAACUGCCUCCCCAGGCUUUCUCCAAGAGCUCCAUAGCCAUUCCUCAGUCUCUAGCUUCACGAGCAAAGGUGAAACAGAUGGGAAGCACUACACAGCAGCCCACACUGGCUUUCCCCAGGAAGGACUCUUCAACCAGCCUACUAGCGACUAUUUGACUGGAGCAACAGCAGAUCCAGAGGCCAGCAACCAUUAUAUUCCCUCCCUUUCUGCUGGCCCUGGGGAAGGCACAGCACAGACAAACCUCCCCCAGGCAAACUCCACAAAGACCAAYGCUCAGCUAGACCCUGCCUUCACCAGGACGCUGAUCCACUAUGUAGAUGAUUAUGACUACGAUGAUCAGAUGACAGAAACCCCAGCACAACCAGCAUACAUCUCCUGUGACUACAACCCCUGCAGGCACCUGCAGAAGCCAUGCAGUGAGCUCCAGAGUGCAUCCCAGUGUUUGUGUCCAGGCAUUUCCAGAGAAGAUGAGGUUCCAGACCCGCCAAGACUCAGAGACGUGUCUGAGGUCACAGACAGCUCUGCACAGAUACACUGGUGCGCUCCAAAUUCAGUUGUUCAUACCUACCAGCUGAUGCUUCAUGCCCAAGGCAGUGARGAGGAGCAGGUUGUCCUGGACAAUAUUUAUUCCACAGCACGGCAGUACACCCUGUAUAACCUACUACCAUACACCACUUACCACAUCUGCGUGACUGCUUUAAACAAAGCGGGAUCAAGCCAGACAGCAAGUCAGGAAGUUUCAAGUAAUCCAUGCACCAAGUUUAAAACAAAGCUGAGCUACAAGUCUAUCUUUGCUGCUCUGGCUGCAGCAAGUGGACUCUUUCUCAUUUCCACUAUUGUAUUGUCUAUAUGUCUCUGUAAGGCACAGAAAAAGCCUCCCAGUGAGCAAUUUGGUACACACCUAGUCUCUUAUAAGAACCCAGCAUUUGAUUAUCCCUUAAAACUGCAAACAACCAACUAGCAAAUGCUAUACACGUUCAAACUCACUGUCUUUAUCACUCUGGCAUUAUUUCCCUGAGACUCUCAAAGUGUUCUUCAGCAAAAG